GUGGACCUCCUUAAAUUGAUAGAUCUCAGCUCUCAUCUAACGUCUUUUGACUUCAACACACUAUUGGCCAAUGGAGAAUCCUACGAGAUAUACUCAACACCAAGAGCGACUUUCUCUGGACUUUUGAGACUAUGAGAAAAUGCCAAUCAUGAAAGUCUCCAAUAUCUCAUCGCGAAAAUCCAUCUCACAGCACACGAGAAAAUGUCUCCACUUUCUCCUCCCUUCCUUUCUUCAAACUGGUCUUCCAACAUAUACGAGAUUGAACACGGCAAAACCACUUCAACCUACAGCAUGGAUAGAUGGAAUGCGUGGCAUCGCCGCUUUUCUGGUCUUUGUGUAUCAUCUUGCCUAUUCCACCCAUGAUGUCAAUACCGCAUGGCUUGCUGAUGGAAAACGGGAUUUCUUACGCCUACCACUAAUUCGCUUUUUCUACCAUGGACCCUUUAUGGUUUCUAUCUUCUUUGUGUUGAGUGGAUAUGCCUUGAGCUAUAAACCUGUGCAACAAAUAAAAAAGGGUGAUGUGGAAGCACUAGGCAAGGGGUUGGCGAGUGCGGUGCUUAGAAGAGGGUUUAGGUUGUAUAUGCCUUGCUUGGUGUCUACAUUGUGUAUUGUUGUUUUAGUGCGAUUGGGGUGUUACGAUAAGACUAGAGAGCUUGCUAGUGAUGAGAUAAGGUUGACAGGACAUAGAGAGAAACAUGCCUGGAGGUAUGAGACAUUUGGGGAACAAAUGUUGGUUUGGAGCUCUGCGUUUGCAGGGUUUGUGAAUCCGUUUAGUGGCGAGGGGAUAAAUGUUGAUACGCAUCUGUGGACUAUUACUGUUGAAUAUAGAGCUUCUAUCAUCCUUUACGUCACGCAACUUGGUCUCGGAGCUCUACGAACACGAUAUAGAAUGCUCACCUUACUCUGCCUCAUGAUCUGGGCCCACGGUGUCGAUCGCUGGGAAAUGGUUCUCUUCUACGGAGGUUUCAUCCUUGCUGAACUAGACAUUCGCCGCAACACCUCGACACCUCUCAACCCUGCUUCCAAGUCCAAGAUCCCAUGGACAGCCAUCUACAUCUUAACCUUCGUCUGCGGUCUCUACCUCGGCGGCCAACCAGAAAGAGAAUUCGAACACGCACCCGGCUGGACAUUCCUCUACUCCAUCAUCCCUAGCUAUAUCAAAGACUGGUACCGCUACUACAGUGGCUGGGGCUCCCUCCUUCUCAUCUGGUCAACAUCCAACUCUUCCCUCUUGCAGGAAAUCUUCACAAACCGUAUCUCCCAAUACCUAGGCAGGAUAUCGUUUUCAUUGUAUCUGGUCCACGGUGCUAUUAUACAUACUUUGCAUUAUGGCUUGUUGGAAAUUCUUUGGAGUAUUAUUGGCACAGAAACACAUUUGAAAAAGGAAAUUGCGUUUGGAGUUUCUGCAGUCUGUGUCACGGCGACGUCGAUUUGGGCGGCUGACGUGUUUACGAGGGGGGUGGAUGGGCCUUCUGUGAGGUUUGCUAGGUGGUUGGAGGGAAGACUUGUCACCAGGGUACAGGAAAAGGAGGAGCCUGCUUGGAGAGAGGCGGAGAUGAUAGUUUGAGACAGACUAUCUAAGCAUUCUCAUUCCCAGCCAGCUCGUUGUUUUGUGGAUGUAAUGU